GUUCAAUCUGCAUUGCAUAGGUAAGAACUCAGUACUGCUAGUGGUAUCGUUUCGAGGCUCAUCGUUUGUCUUGGUCAACGGAGAUGAUGCGCGACGACGCCCAUGUAUGUGAGUGAUGGCCUAGUGAAUCGAAGAGAAUAAGACAUCGCGAUCCUUUUCUGGCCCAACUUCUAUCAUAAAUCCACGGCACAGUGAUGAACCAUGGACCGACCAGCAGUGCCUACUUACAUCCUUCGUGGUCAUGAUGCUCCCAUUCAUGCCCUUCGCUUCUAUUCCCGGAACGCUUACCUCGCCUCGGGCGACAGUGAAGGAUGGUUGAUCAUUUGGAGUCUGGCCACGAAGCGCCCCGUCGCUGUCUGGAAAGGGCACGAAGGCGCGGUCAUGUGUAUACGACACUGGACACACAAGAGGCUCGUUAGUCAUGGAAGAGAUCACAAAUUACGAGUGUGGCAGGUUCAAGAUGAGGACCUGGCUGAUCUGACUACGAAUCUCCCUGGUGAUAAAAGCUCGGUUGACCGACGCGAGCCAUGGCUUCUGCACUCAAUCUCUGUCAAUGCCCUCAAUUUUUGUGCCUUUUCCAUGUGCAGUGAGUUGCCCGGGCGGACCUCACGGCCGGAGACCGAGGCGCAACUGGUGGCCUCUCCCAACGGUCUAGACUCCGGAGGUAUAGAUAUUUUCCAGCUUCCGUCCGAGCGACGAGUAUCGCAGAUAGCAUCGGCCCAGGACUCUCCCACAGGCAUGGUCAUGGCCGUCUCCAUAUUUCACGAUAAUGCAAAAUCCAGACUACUUGUGGUAUCCGGAUACGAAGAUGGAAGAGUAAUGGUUCAUGUCCGUACCGGGAACUUCGACAAAGAAGGUGGUUGGCAGAAGGUUACAUCAAGCAAGUUACGCCCUGGUUCACAACCUAUACUGUCUCUCGAAAUUUCGCCUUCAAGGGACUAUUUCAUAACUUCGGGUGUCGACUCGUGGAUCGCCAAAUAUCCACUCGAUCUUCCAGAUGGCAUGGCGGGAGAGUCGCGGGAGACCGACCGUAGCAGUUCUAUCAAGACAAAACAUGCCGGCCAACAGGGCCUCAGCAUUCGCUCCGACGGCAAGAUAUUUGCGACUGCAGGCUGGGAUGCACGAAUUCGCGUUUACUCGACGCGGACGAUGAAAGAAUUGGCGGUACUGCAAUGGCACCAACAGGGUUGCUAUGCAACGUCUUUCGCCGACCUUGAUCUUGAAGCCAAUGACUUGGCUGCUCCCACCGAAUACACAGGCUCAGACCUAAGUACUCAGUCUAAUGAGAUCCUGGCACGACCUACAGCACUGGACAUUAUCAAGCGCAAGCGAGAAGAGAAGGCACGUUCGAUACACUGGCUUGCUGCUGGUGGCAAAGAUGGCAAAAUAUCUCUUUGGAACAUCUACUGAACAUGCGUCCGUGAACAUUUUCGAGUUCUUGCCUAAAUCUGAAGUCAAAAUUCCAGCAAUGCACAAAUCAAGCUCAAAAUAUCAGGAUAACAAGGACUCCUGCAUACUUCAUAGUGCCUUCUCUCGUGGCUCAAGGAUGACAUUAUCGAUCAACCUCACCACCCUCUGGCCUACUUCCUUCUCAGUCCUGGGCUCGUCAACAGGCUGCACAUAUACUGCAGCACUGAGAAUGGCCCCUUGGCUGGGAUCGACUUUGGCAAAGUCUGGGAUCAUGGCCAUAUUCUGCGGUUCGCUCAACGCGAUAUAGUCGAUCUCAAUCUGACAACUUCCACCUAAUUUACCGUCUUUUCUUCUCAGCUGCGACUCCUGGCCGAAGACAUUAUACGCAGCAUCUCUGAUCUUCUUGCCGCUGACUUCGCCAGAAUUGUAUAAAUCUCUUGCGGCGAAGAGGGCUUUGGAAAGUACGACGGCGUCUUCUCUUCUUCGUUCUCCAAGAUAUACAUUCCGGCUGCUCAUUGCCAGACCAUCUGAUUCCCGGCUGGUCGGUAUGACGCGUACUUCUGUGGGAAUGUGAAAGUCCUUUACCAUCCGUUUGAUCACGACUGAUUGCUGAAUAUCCUUUUGUCCAAAGUACACACGAUCGGCUUGGAUGAUAUUGAACAACUUGGUACAGACAGUUGCCACGCCGCGGAAAAAGAUGGGCCGAGAAGAGCCUUCAAGUUGGUUGCCCAAUGGUGUGAUGGUCACGAAGGAUCCAUUGCCUGCGAUGUCUGACGAUGGUGGGAGAGUUGGGUACAUGACCUUCACGGUGGGCGCGAAGAUGCC